AUGAUUGCGUUAGAUUACCAACCAUACUCGAUCGUCGAAGACCGUGGAUUUAAGAACUUAUUGUACACAUUAAAAAAUAAGUAUAAAUUGCCGACAAGACAAUAUAUAUCUUCUACUGCAAUUCCUCAGCUUUAUUCUAAACAAUUAUCUCUACUCAAAGAAGAAAUAAACACUGAAUUGAAUAGUAUACAAUCCAUAUCAUUUACUUUUGAUAAAUGGAUAAGUGGGACUCAACAACCAUAUACAUCACUUACAACGCAUUAUUUAAUGAAACAAUUUAAGCUUCGUAACAAAACACUAGCAUGUAAAUGCUUUCCAGGAGAAUAUACUGAAAAAAGUAUUUUCCUUAAAAUUAAAUUUAUGGUUAAUGAAUGGAACAUUGAUAUUUUAAAUUUAAAUAUUCCUAUUUAUAUGGCCACAGAGAAUACAAGAAAUAUAAGUUGUGCAUUAAAUUAUUGUAAUUCCAAUGAUACCUUACAUCACUAUUUAUGUGCAGCCCACACAUUACAAAUGGCCAUUGAAGAUGCUUUAAAAGAAAAUAAUAUAGGAAGUUUAUUAAAAAAGUGUUGCUCAAUUAUAACUCAUUAUAACCACAGCAAAAAAUCUUGA